AAAUGAUACCUAUGUCUGCAGUAACCUUUGGAUUCCGAUAACAAAGCUCGGACUUUCUAUUGCUCUUGAUUCCUCUAACCCGAACUCACAAUGAUCUCCUAGAUUCUUCGCUUUCCUCUCCUGAAAUCCCUCUACCUUUUAGAGGCAAAAUCUGAGGAGGGAGACACAGAAUCCCAGCUUGCCGGUUACCUUCCCUCUAUGAUCCUCACCUAGCCUCCCCGACUUCUUAUGAAUAUCUCUUUAGGUUCUUCCUCUGUUUGAUUAGAUUUGGAAAGGAGAAAUCAGUUAAAAAACAGAUUAUCAUUUUUGUAAGUUUUAGUUUCUCAGUGAAGUUUGCGCAGAAUCUUCAUCUUCAUUUCAUUUCAUCAUCUCUGCUCUCAUAUAUAACACUAUUCUGCACGUUUAUUCAUUAUUCAAUUCUGUCUGCAGUCUUUUCCUUUGUCAAGCAUAAUGGCUAGAAUCGCCCUCACAUUCCUCAGCCCUGUCAUUGAGGUGGCAAUUUCCAAAAUGUUUUCGUUUUUUAUGGAACGAAUUGGGAAUGCACUGGGUUUAGAGAAGGAGCUUGAUAGGCUUGCGGAUUCUCUCGCUCUCAUUCAAUCUGUCAUCCAACACGCAGAGGAAAGACAAGAAAGUGAUCCUGCUAUAAGGCGUUGGCUACAGAAGCUCCAAGACAUAGCUUAUGAGGCCGUGGAUGUUCUGGAUGAGUGUGAGUACAAGGUUCUUAAGGACAAAGUUAAGAGUGGGUGGCACUGGAAUCCUGCAUUCAUCUUCUUUUCUGCAAAGUUUCGAGUUCAUAUGACUGACAAAAUCAAGAAGAUUACUGAGGAGUUGUGCCAUUUGAAAGACUGGGCUGCCAUGGUCAAUCUGGUGGUCACAUACAGAGGCCAAACUUUUUCAAUGCAGUAUCCAAAGACAGACUCCUUUCUUGAUACCGUAGUAUUUGGAAGGGAAGAUGAUGUCUCAAGAAUAGUCAGCUUGUUGCUUGACUUGAGGAGCAGUCAACAUUUCAUCUCUGGCAUUUCCAUAGUAGGUAUGGCUGGGGUUGGAAAGACAACAGUAGCAAGAUCACUGUACAGGAAAGCAACUGAAGAAAAGCUCUACGAUCUAAUGGCCUGGGUGUGUGUAUCUGAGGACUUCAAUGAUCAAAUCAUUUUGGCAGAGAUGUUCGAGCAUUUUAGUCGUGGUGCUGCUCCAAGGAAUAGUAGGAAUGCAUUGCUUGAAUGUCUUGCCGAAGUAUUAGAGAAGAAAACUUUUCUUCUCAUUCUAGAUGAUGUAUGGAAUGAAGAUCCUACAAAGUGGGAUUCUUUCAGCUCUUGUUUGUCAAAAAUUCUAAAAACAAAUGGGAGCUCUAUUGUUACAACAACUCGCAGUGGAAAGGUAGCAUCUGUGAUGGAGUCAAUUCCUAUGCAAAGCUAUAAAAUGCAGGGGCUAUCAGAUAAUGAAUGUUGGUUGAUAAUCAAGGAGAAGCUUCUCAGAUCAUCCAUAGGAACUACUUCGAUGCCUCCAGAUUUGGAAGCUAUUGGACAGGACAUUGCAAAAAGAUGUGGGGGUUCACCAUUAAUUGCAAGUGUCAUCGGAGGGACAUUAAGUCGUCAAGCCAAUGCAGAUACGUGGGAGGCUAUCAAAAAUGAUGAAGCUUGGAAAUUUAAUUCAGGGGCUGGAGAUGAGAUUUUGCCUAUAUUGAAAAUAAGUUUUGAUCGCUUACCUUCUCCUUUAAAGAAAUGUUUUUCUUACUGUGCAAUUUUUCCAAAGGAUUUUGCCAUUGAAAAAGAUGACUUAGUUCAACUCUGGAUGGCCGUUGGAUUUCUUCAACAAUCUAAUGAAAGCUGCAACACAAUGGAGGAUAUUGGUAAUGACUAUUUUAAUCACUUGUUAGCCAAUUCCUUAUUUCAAGACGUGGAAAUGGAUACAUAUGGGAAUAUUAAAUCUUGCAAGAUGCAUGAUGCAGUGCAUGAUCUUGCACUGUUUGUCUCAAAAGGUGAAGUUUUGAUUUGGGAGGAGUCUGGUUGCAAUAUUGUUGAGAAUUCUAAUGUUCGACACUUGAGAAUUAAGUCUGGGGGGAAUGUGUGUCCAACCAUUCCAGGAGCCGUUCUAAAAGGGUUGCAUUCUUUGUUCUCAAGUGUUCAUGCUUUCCAAAGCAUGGCAUCUGAUUUGCAAAGCUUGCGAUCUUUAAACUUAAGAGGAGAUGACAGAAAAGAUUUACCAAAUUCUUUAGGUAAAUUGAAGCAUUUGAGAUACUUUGACAUCUCAAGAACUAGUUACGGAGUCCUGCCGAAAUCCUUCACUAAGCUCUUCAAAUUGCAGACUUUAAGACUCAUGAGGUGCCAUUAUCUUCAGAAACUCCCUAAUGAUAUGAAGAAUCUGGUUAGCUUGAGGCAUCUUUAUUUCGAUGGACAGGAUAUGCCAAAGGAGAUUGGGCACUUGACUUCCCUUCAAACAUUACAACUAUUCGUCGUGGGAGCAGAAAAGGGAUAUAGAAUAGAAGAACUUGAAUGCUUAAGCCAACUGCGAGGGAAAUUGGACAUUCAGCAACUUGAAUAUGUAGGGUCCAAAUUAGAAGCCUCUAAAGCAGAAUUAAAAGAAAAGAGAAAAUUGCAGGGGUUGGAAUUUAGAUGGUGUCCAUGGAGAAGAGCCAACAAUAACAUCAAUGAUGAAGAGGUUCUAGAAGGUCUUCAACCUCACCCAAAUUUAGAGAGCUUAGUUAUUGUGUUGUACCAGGGAAAGAACUUCCCGUCAUGGAUGCAGGGUGGUGUCAAUGGUUCACUCAACAACUUAAGGGAGUUGCAGCUAAGCUGUUGUGAUGAAUGCUUAUAUCUUCCGCGCCUUAGUCUAUUGCGUAAUCUCCAGUUUCUUGAAAUAUUUAAGCUAAAUAAAGUAAAAAGCAUGGGUAGCAAGUUCUAUGUGGAUCAAAGCAACAGUGAUGAUGGAGUACAAUUGGCUACACAAUUCCCAGCUUUAAGAGAAUUCAGAGUACUAGAUAUGAAAAGCCUUGAGAAAUGGGUAGAAGUAGAAGGCGUGACCGCGUUUCCAUGUCUUGAGAGGUUGGAAAUUAAUUAUUGUUAUAGAUUGAAGACUUGGUUGAUGGAUGGAUUUUCAUCUAAUCAUAAGCUGUCUGCUUUGAAAAUAAGCAAUUGUGACAAUUUGAUGGCUAUACCAAAUAUGGAUGGGCUCUCAUCUCUUCAGGAGUUGAUAAUUGAUCAAUGCCGAAAACUAUCUUUCAUUCCAAGUGUAAAUGGGUUCACAUCUCUUACAAGUCUUCAGAUUUCUAAUUGUGAUGAAUUAAUGAGUCUACCAAGUGGAUUGGGAUCGUGCACAUCUCUUCAGGAGUUGAUAAUUGAUCAAUGCCGAAAACUAUCUUUCAUUCCAAGUAUAAAUGGGUUCACAUCUCUUACAAGUCUUCAGCUUUCUAAUUGUGAUGAAUUAAUGAGUCUACCAAGUGGAUUGGGAUCCUGCACUUCUCUUCAGAAGUUGUGUAUUGGUGGAUGUCAAAAACUAUCUUCCAUUCCAAGUAUAAAUGGGCUGACAUCUCUUGCAAGUCUUAAUCUUUUUAAUUGUGAUGAAUUAGUAAGUCUACCAAGUGGACUGGGAUCCUGCACUUCUCUCUGGUUGCUGGACAUUGAUGAAUGCCGAAAACUGUCUUCCAUUCCAAAUAUAAAUGGGCUCGCAUCUCUUAGAAGGCUUUUCCUUUUUAAUUGUGAUGAAUUAAUGAGUUUACCAAGUGGAUUGGGAUCCUGCAUUUCUCUUGAGUGGCUGGGAAUUGAUAAAUGCCGAAAACUGUCUUCCAUUCCAAAUAUGAAUGGGCUCACAUCUCUUGCACUGCUUGAGCUUUCUAAUUGUGAUGAAUUAACUGGCCUACCAAUUGGGCUGGGAUCCUGUACUUCUCUUCAGAAAUUGAGAAUUCAGGAUUGUCAUAAUAUAAUUUCAAUUACUGAAGAUAUUGGGGAAUUACAUUCACUCAAUCAGCUAGAGAUCUGUAAUUGUGGAAAGCUGAGGAGCAUUCCAGAGGAGUGCGUGGGUAGACUCACUAACUUGAAGCAGUUAUCGAUAGGUGGUUUCUGGUCGGAGUUGGAGGAAUUUCCUGGACUAACUUCCAUUCAUCAACUCCACGCCUCCCUUGAAGAAUUGGAAUUGAAUGGAUGGGAUAAACUAAAGUCUCUGCCACAUCAGCUUCAACAUCUCACUGCCCUCAAGCAAUUGAAGUUAGAGAACUUUAGUAGCCUGGAAGCUUUGCCAGAGUGGUUGGGAGACCUCUCUUCUCUUCACAGGCUGGAGAUUAGGAAUUGCUCUAAUUUGACUCAUCUGCCUUCUAUUGAAGCCAUGCGACGCCUCUCCUACUUACAACAUCUUCACAUUUCGUCCUGUCCGAAGCUAGAAGAAAGAUGCGCCAAAGAGAGCGGCCCCGAAUGGGCCAAGAUUUCCCACAUCCCCAAUCCGGAUUGGGAGAAUGAGGUGGAGUUGGCCGCGGUGGCUGCCACAGGGAUUGGGCCGCUAUGGAUGUGACAAAGAUUGGGCCGCUGAGAGUUUAUAGAAGCUGCCAAGUCUUCAAAUUCUAUACUGUAUAUUAUUUUCUUUAAAUUUAAUAGCUAUUAUGUUUUUGGCAUGAAAACACACGGAGUGUGAUUCUUCCAAGUUAUGUCCGGUGCAUCUAAACACAAGAAAGUGUAAAGCUUGAGGGUGUGAUAACUACAAGCUUUCGUUUUUUAAGGUACAUAGAUUUUUUUCCAUAAUACAGUUUUUGGAUUUUG